AUGAAAGUCUGUGCUCCUUUCACUGUUGUCUUGGCUCUGACUCUGAGCAGUGACUGUGCAAGGAUGCACUACAAAUCUGGGGCAGGAAGAGGCUCAAAACAUGAGUUCGCUCACCCACAAGUGUUUACAGAGGAUGGAAAUUUAUGCAAAUUUCCUUUCCGGUAUGGUGGAAGAUUUUAUCACUCGUGUUUAUCAAAUCUAUUCUCCCAAAAGAAAUGGUGUUCAACAACACAUAACUAUGACCGGGACAGGAGCUGGGGACACUGUGUUUUGCUGUCCAAAGACCACUCAGAUCUCUGUGCAAACAACCCUUGCCAAAAUGGAGGGACCUGUUCUCUCACUCAUGGCCAUAGGAUGUACCACUGUACCUGUCCUGAGGAAUUCACGGGCAAGGACUGUCAAAUGAAGAAAUGUUUUGACAACAGUCUCUACGAGUUCUUUGAUGUGGGCAUGAGCUGGUCAAGAGUCCAAGAAGGAGCCGUGGAGCAGUGCAUGUGUGUGAACAGCCAGAUCGAAUGCGAGAGUGUCGAAUACAAAAGUUGUGUUCAUGAUCCUUGCUUGAAUGGUGGAGAAUGUAAAAUGGUUACUUUCACCGGGAAAAUAGUAUGUGAUUGCAAAGGAAAUUAUGCAGGAAGGUACUGCAAUAUUGUUCCUAGCCAUCAGUGCUAUGUUGGCAACGGCACGGAAUACAGAGGUAUGGCAAAGACGACCAUUUCUGGACACAGCUGCUUGCCUUGGGAUUCAGACUUGCUUUACCAAGAGCUUCAUGUCGACAGUGUUGAGAAGGCAAUACAGCUUGGCUUGGGGCCGUUCUCUUACUGCAG